UGCCCACAGACUUCAUUGACUCCAACGAAUUGCACGACAUAAUCGAUGUGUCGCAGUUUGAAGGCGUAGAGCUUGCGAAUGAUACCGCCGAAUAUGAUGACAGCACCUUGAGAAAUGCCUCAAAGCACUCCAUUUCACAAGCACCGCCAAGCACCUUGCAAACGCUAAUAGGUAAAGAGGCAAGCCCUGAAGACUACCGCUGGCCGGCUGCCAAUUUUUCACUCGAGCCCAAUCAGCAGGCGAGCACCAGCGUUGGGGGCAUUGCUGGUGUGGACCGCCAGCAGGCGUACGAUGUGGAAGAGAUUAAUUUCGAGCAAGUUGUGCUUGAGAACACAGACGAUAUAACAAUGGACGAUGGUCAUAUGGAUAAUCGCAAUGCGCACGGUUUUCCCGUAAGCAAUCCUGCUGAUUUAGUUGUAGACGAAGAUGGCAAUAAUGAGACGGAUAACGGCGGCGGCAGUGGCGGUGACGGCGGCGCCGAUGGUGUUGAUGACGAUCAGACAAGUCGUUUUCUUGCGGGCGUUGUCGAUGCGGCGAACGAAGAUGAGAUCUACGAUUGGGACGAGAUAUCGCGUAAUAAUCGUCGGAAUUUGAUGCGCGGUCGUGAUGUCGUGACGAAAUUUUUGCAAAUUGUCGAAACGCAACAUUUACUCGGGGCAAAUUGUGAGGCGGGUACGUCGUUGAAUUUGGGCGAAGGCGUCGUGGAUCGGUACGCUCAGGAUCGGUUUCGCGUAGAGGCGGAGGUGGCGGUGAAUCGGGCGAAUAUGCUGACAAGAAUUUUCAAGAUGACCGCCCCAGCUGCUCAGGCCGACGUUAAUCUACUACACGCUUCCGUUCUUUCGAUGGUCGAAUUCGAUGAUGACAUCUUCGCAGCUGGCAAUUGUUUCGAUUGGAAUGAGCAUCCUUCACAAACUGGCCUUUUCUGUCCGUUUGCAUAUCGCUUGCCUGCGCCAAAUUUGGGCGCGAUUCUCGCCAAGGAUCUCUCCAUGGAGUAUCAUUAUCUCGGCAAUACGUCUGAGUGGUUUUUCCAAGCACGCAAAAAUGCCGAGAAGGUCAUAUUGCACAACGAGCAAUAUCUGAAAUCCUUCCAUCUGUACUCGAAUAAGACCGAUGAACGCAUUGAGGACGACACAUUGGCUGUGAAAUACGAGGAUGGCCGCUGGUCGAAACCAUACUAUGAUUGCGGUGGUGGCAAUAUUUGGAUGCUGACUUAUACGGUGCCGUUUUUCGGUUAUGAAAAUGGAACAUAUCAUUUCAAAGGUACAUCUGGCAUCGACAUCGAUUUGCGGCGUGUAGAUAUCGAUCAGUGUCCGCAACGCAACUCACCGGGCACCACACAGCCACUGAAUAUUUUCGCCGGCACCGACAAAUGCAAGCAGCGCACAACUAUGUGUGAAGCCCUAAACGGAUUGGGCUUUCGUCGAGGCUCCUAUAAAUGUGUUUGCCGCAAGGGCUACUACUUUCCCGACACAACGUCAACGCAAAAGUUUUUCAAUGGCAGCCUACUGGAGGAGGAGUAUGAAAAGUUAAUGCUGGGUCGCAACUCCACCUACAACAUAGUCAACGAAUACGAGUGUCUACCCUGCGCCGAGGGUUGUGAUUACUGUGAGGACGGUUCGCCUUGUAUUGCGGCGCUUAAUUGGCCGAUGCGUACGAGUAUAUUGGUUCUGGCCUGCACCGUUAUUGGCUUACUACCACCGGCUGCUUGGUUUACAUUUCGUUAUCAACAAGUGAAGGUUGUUCGCGCUGCCAGUCCGGCAUUAUUGCGAGUUAUUGCCUUGGGCGCUUUCUUCAUCUAUUGCACGACUAUCGUCAUGUAUCCAAAUCCAAAUCUUUACACCUGUACGGCGCGAAUAUGGCUACGCGAAAUUGGUUUUUCUUUAACAUAUGGAGCGUUGAUGUUGAAGACGUGGCGCAUUUCGGUGAUAUUUCGUGUUCGUUCAGCGAAAGCGGUUAAAAUCACAGACGCAGCACUGUUGAAGCGCCUCGGCAUUAUUUGCGGUGUCAUUGGUACGUGCCUGUUGGUGCGUACUUUGGUGGCACCGCCCGAUGUUGUGGUUGGACGCACUGCCGAUGAUCUGAAAGCAUUUUUGUGCAAAACGGAUUACUGGGACUACACUUUCACAUCGAUGGAGGUCUUAUUUCUCGCCUGGGGUGUUCGCCUGUGCAUAAUGGUACGGAAAGCGCCGUCCGAAUUCAACGAGAGCCGCUUUAUUUCGAUGGCCAUUUAUAAUGAAUUCCUGUUGACUUGCUUUCUCAACGUGUCCAUGCUCUUCCUGCAGUCACCGGCUAAUCCUGACUUACUCUACAUCAUUUUCUUUACUCACACCCAAUUGACGGUGACACUUUUACUGUGCUUAAUUUUCGGCAGCAAGGUUUUGAUUGUGCUGCGCAGCGGCAAAUCGCAUCAGGAGACCAUCGGCAUGGGUGCCAAAUCCUCCGGUGCUAAAUUCAAUUUUCGCCCGCAGGUGCGCACGUUUCCUAAUCCCAGUUCGGUUACCACAUCCACGGCACCGGUGGCGGGCACCACGUCGGGGGACACUAAACUCUCUGAACAGGAGGCACUUGAAGAGAUCCGACAACUGAGCGUACAACUGCAGCGUAUACAAGAGAUGGCGCCCCCGAAAGGUGUUGCGGUGAUGACAAUCUCCAGCCUCUUGGACGGCCUGAAGACACCUGGCGGCAUGAUUAUGGUAGCCGCUGCAGCCUCUCAAGCCGCCACAUCUAAUAAUCAACUCACCAUCCGACCAUACACACCUGGGGGCGGAGCCAAUACGCCCACGAACGUCAGUGGUGGUGGUGGUGUUGUUGGUGGUAACGCACUUCCUCUACUUGCGCUCAACAGCGAAGUGGAGAAAUACAAUCAACAACUGCAGACAACACAAAACAACAAUGUCACUACAAAUGUACCUCUAUUAAGUGGGGUGAGCAACAAUGCUGCCAAACCGACGCCAGGGAGAACGUUUAUGCUCGAAGUUGAAACGAGCACAACGACAAUUGAAGAGUCUAUGUUAGCAUUGCGCGAAGAUCGUGCCAUCAACACUGACUUGACGCGCAGCGAAGACUUCCAUCAACAAGCGCUGGGCUGUGCGCAAGGCCACAUCAUAUGCACGCGCUGUUUAGUCAUAUCCAAGGAACACUACUUCAGCUGUCGGCCCUUCACGCCGCCACACGGUCUAGCGGAUCAUGAAACCGCAAGUGGUUGUCGGCGACGUGCUGGUGGCGUCACGUGUCAACAACUGGGCUCACCGCAGCCGGAAGGCAGUAUUAGUUUUUCGAAUAUCAAAUUGGAAUGCAUGUGCUCCCAGCCCGAUCUGGAUUUCGAACCGGAUUGUGAUGUGCCGCAGCGUCGGCGCAUUAACAUGCGUACGGCAGCGACAAAUACGCCACCCUCUACAGGCGGCAGUAGCAGACGACGCAGCGGGCGCACGAAAACACCCAGCCCAAGCUGGCAGGAUGUGUCUGCUGAGUAUCACGAUGCAGAUGUAACCUAUCGUAUUUGUGAUAAUUGUAAAAAUAAGUAUCGAAAUAGCAAUAAGAGUGGCGGUAGAAAGUUCCGUAAAAGUAUGAAAGAUGGACGCAACCCAAGACUGACGUCAACGUCCAAAACCGCAGCAGUGGCUGCAGCAAUAAAGAGCGGUGACGAGCGGCAUGUGCAGCGCUGCAGCUUAGUAGGUGCACGUGUGUGCGUGAGUCAAACACGCAGCAAUGAUCUGCUCGACCGUCAAUUGCCCAAACGAACGACGACCGAACUCAUGGGGGACGCGGCGUGUGCAAAGCAGCGGCCGAAAGUACACUCUACCGAUGACAUAAUAUUCUAUACAUCCACCGACGAGAGCAGCAGCAACAGCAAAGACAGCUCGGAUGACGAUGACGAAGGUGCCUGCAGUCGCCUGCGUAGUCGCCGUGAGCUCACCUUCCAUUCGGUGUCUGCUCUCAGCACCGCAGACGGUGGUAGCGCGACGCGACCAACAGGGCCUACGACAACGUCGGCACAGUCGAUAGUGACGACGGCGGUGGUAACGACUAGCGGCGCGGAAUGUGCAGAGGCGACUGCGAAUGCACAAUCUUUGAAUAAUAUAGCAAAUUUCUCAACGAAAAAGGAUGAGCUCAUCACGAGUGUGGUGUGUGAGGCUGAUGCUGGUGCAGAGAAUAGUACAACAUCGGCGGCGACAGCCGCGAAUGGCACAGGGCGCGCUAAGCGACCUGACAAACUAAUACUCGAUUUGAAUGAUCGUUCCAAGUAUACCAAAGAGGUUUCUGUUUAGACUAUUAAUGUACAAGUGCAAGGUGUGAAAGUGAGAAUGUUUGUUAGUGAUGAGCGAUAAGCUAGUCAGUGAUGUAAGAGAGCCUAGCUAAUUAUAGAAUUUUUGUACAUAAAAAAUUGAAUUAAUAGCAAAUUUAUUAAUUUUGAAAGUAAAGUAAAUCUCACAUUACGCUAAGUAUGAGUCUGCAUAAAUGCAUAUGCACUGUAACGAUUUGAAAAGAGUAAAAUGUAUAUAAAUAAAUUAAAUAAUAAUGGUUGACCAUAUUGAAAAGCCCCGAAUGAGGCUUACAAGUUUGUAUAUGAAAUUACUCA